AUGACAAACUCCUCACCUGUAGCUGCAGCAAGUAAUGAUGAAACAGCUGCAGUUGAAGAUUCCAAAGAUAAUAGUGUCGCAGAUACGGAUGGCGAUACUAAAGAAACGAUGCAUUCAGCUGUCGUCUUCGUGGGGCGGGAGUUGUGCCAACGGACCAUGAACCAGAAUAAACGCUUCUGCAAAGGCCGCGCAUUAAGUCCCCUGAAAAGUUCGGCUCAGAAAUUUUAUUACGGAAGCAGGGCGAUAGUUUUUGUGCUCACUGGUCUAUGCAAGGUGCGCGAGAGCCAAAGCCAGGACCUGAAAGGCAACCUGACGUCUCCCGUGGCCCGUUUCAGCGUGACCGGGCUCGAGGCGGGCGCCCAGUACCAGGCGGCUCUGUUUUCUUACAACGCAAAGGGUCGCAGCGAGCCGGCCAUUCUGCAAGCUGCCACGCUACGGAAAACUAAAAUCGUAUAUUGUGGAUCUCGAAAAAGGGGCGAUAGCAAGGGAUGGAAAAGGUCUCGCAGGCGUCCUGCUGUGCCCUGCAACGGUCUGUUUGCCCCGAAAUUCAACUCCUGCUGGAAAGGCGGCAGCCCAAUUUCCAAACACGAAUCCAGUGCCGGGGAAUGCGACAGCGACGAGAAAAAUCCAGAUAUUAUUCCACAACCGGUGGAUGCUGAUGACUUAUCGGAUUAUUCCAGAAAACGUCAACACCCCCCCCAACAGUGGCAGUACGGCCCUGUGAGCCACCUGCCCCCGGGGGUGUACCCGGUGCAGUACCGUGGGGCACACCCGCAACAGAGGCCCCGCCCUCCUCCCAGGGAGCCUCCUAUACCUCUGCAACCUCUCGCCACAACUGAAGAGGAGCCCUCGGUCGAGACUCCUCUCAUGGCGAACAAAAGAGAGAGCACCGUUUGA